CCGUGCAGGACGUGGAGCUGUCCCUGCAGGUGGGGGACACUGUUCACAUCCUGGAGAUGUACGAAGGCUGGUACCGAGGAUACACGCUCCGGAAUAAAUCCAAGAAGGGCAUUUUCCCAGAAACUUACAUCCAUUUAAAAGAGGCCAUCGUGAAGGACCGGGGGCAACACGAGACAGUGAUUCCCAGCGAGCUGCCCCUGGGCCAGGAGCUCACGUCCACGCUGCGGGAGUGGGCAGUGAUCUGGCACAAGCUGUACGUGAACAACAAAACCACACAGUUCAGGCAUGUCCAGCAGCUCACCUACAGCCUGAUAGAGUGGAGAUCCCAAAUCCUCUCCGGGACCCUGCCCAAGGAUGAACUGGCUGAGCUCAAGAAAAAAGUCACUGCCAAGAUUGACUAUGGCAACAGGAUCCUGGGUCUGGACCUGGUUGUCCGAGAUGACAAUGGGAACAUCCUGGACCCAGAUGAGACCAGCACAAUCUCCCUCUUCAAGGCCCAUGAAACUGCAUCCAAGAGGAUUGACGAGAGGAUCCAGGAGGAGAAGUCCCUGCAGCAGAGUUUGGACCUCCGGGGACAGCCAAUAUUCAACUCCACGCACACCUACAGCCUCUACGUGAACUUCAAGAACUUUGUCUGCAACAUUGGGGAAGAUGCAGAGCUGCUGAUGAGCCUCUAUGACCCUGACCUCUCCAAAUUCAUCAGUGAAAAUUACCUGGUUCGCUGGGGCAGCAAUGGGAUGCCUAAAGAAAUUGAGAAACUGAACAACCUCCAAGCAGUGUUUACUGACUUGAGCAGCUCUGACCUGAUCAGGCCCAGGAUCAGCCUGGUGUGCCAGAUCGUGCGGGUGGGGCACAUGGAGCUGAAGGAUGGCAAGAAGCACACCUGCGGGCUCCGCAGGCCCUUCGGCGUGGCAGUGAUGGACAUCACUGACAUCAUCCACGGGAAGGUGGACGACGAGGAAAAGCAGCAUUUUAUCCCCUUCCAGCAGAUUGCCAUGGAAACCUACAUCAGGCAGCGGCAGCUGAUCAUGUCCCCCCUGAUCACCUCCCACGUCAUCGGCGAGAACGAGCCCCUCACCUCUGUCUUCAACAAAGUCAUCGCUGCCAAGGAGGUCAACCACAAGGGCCAAGGUCUCUGGGUCUCCCUGAAGCUGCUCCCUGGGGAUCUGGCUCAGGUUCAGAAGGAUUUUUCCCACCUUAUAGACAGAUCCACUGCAGUGGCUCGAAAAAUGGGGUUCCCUGAGAUCAUCCUUCCUGGUGAUGUCCGGAACGACAUCUACGUCACCCUGAUCCAGGGGGAGUUUGACAAAGGCAAGAAGAAAACCCCCAAGAACGUCGAGGUCACCAUGUCUGUGCACGAUGAGGACGGGAACCUGCAGGAGAAAGCCAUCCACCCUGGGGCUGGCUACGAGGGAGUCUCGGAGUACAAGUCUGUGGUUUAUUACCAGGUCAAGCAGCCCUGCUGGUACGAGACUGUCAAGGUGGCCAUUGCCAUAGAAGAAGUCAGUCGCUGCCACCUGAGGUUCACGUUCCGUCACCGCUCGUCCCAGGAAUCCAGGGAUAGAUCUGAGAGAGCUUUUGGCAUGGGCUUUGUGAAGCUGAUGAAUGCAGAUGGAACGACGCUGCAGGAUGGCAAACACAAUUUGAUUAUUUACAAGGGUGACAACAAGAAAAUGGAAGAUGCCAAGAGUUAUUUGACUCUUCCUUGCACCAAAACAGAGAUGGAGGAGAAGGAGGCUCCCUCAGGGAAAAACCUGCACCCUCUGGCCAGCUUCACCCCCACGAAGGACAGCACAAAGGACAGCUUCCAGAUUGCCACUGUCAUCUGCUCCACCAAACUCACCCAGAAUGUUGACCUGCUGGGUUUGCUGAACUGGCGCUCCAAUGCCCACAACAUCGCCCACAACCUCAGGAAGCUGAUGGAGGUGGAAGGAGGAGAAAUCGUGAAGUUUUUGCCAGACACCCUCGAUGCUCUUUUCAACAUCAUGAUGGAAAUGUCAGAAAAUGAAACCUAUGAUUUCCUGGUGUUUGAUGCUCUGGUAUUUAUUAUUUCUUUGAUUGGAGAUAUCAAGUUCCAGCAUUUCAACGCUGUGCUUGAGACUUACAUUUACAAACACUUCAGUGCAACCCUGGCCUAUGUGAAACUCACCAAAGUCCUGAACUGCUACGUGGGGAAUGCUGAGGACUCCAGCAAGACAGAGCUGCUCUUUGCAGCCCUGAAGGCCCUGAAAUACCUGUUCAGAUUCAUCGUGCAGUCGCGGGUGUUGUACCUGAGUGUUUAUGGGAAGAGUGAGGAUGGGAAUGAAUUCAAUGAUGCAAUUCGCCAACUGUUCCUCUCCUUCAAUGUCCUCAUGGACCGGCCCCUGGAGGAGGCUGUCAAGAUCAAGGGGGCAGCUUUAAAAUAUUUGCCAAGCAUCAUAAAUGAUGUCAAACUGGUAUUUGACCCCGUUGAGCUCAGUGUCCUCUUCAGCAAGUUCAUCCAGAGCAUCCCUGACAACCAGCUGGUCCGGCAGAAGCUGAACUGCCUGACCAAGAUCGUGGAGAGUGACCUGUUCAAGCAGGCUGAGUGCAGAGAUGCCCUCCUGCCCCUGCUCAUCGAUCAGCUGAGUGGGCAGCUGGAUGACAACUCCAGCAAGCCCGACCACGAGGCCAGCUCCCAGCUCCUGAGCAGUGUCCUGGAGGUCCUGGACCGCAAAGAUGUGGGUGCCACUGCUCUGCACAUCCAGCUGAUGAUGGAGCGGCUGCUGCGCCGGAUCAACCGCACGGUGAUCGGGAUGAGCCGCCAGUCCCCGCACAUCGGUAUUUUCGUGGCCUGCAUGACAGCCAUCCUGAGGCAGAUGGAUGAUUUCCAUUACAGCCAUUACAUCAACACUUUCAAAACCAGGCAGGACAUCAUUGACUUCCUGAUGGAAACAUUCAUUAUGUUCAAGGAUCUGAUUGGGAAGAAUGUGUAUGCAGCUGACUGGAUGGUCAUGAACAUGAUGCAGAGCAGGGUUUUCCUCCGGGCAGUGAACCAAUUCACCUCCGUCCUCAACCGCUUCUUCCUGGAUCAGACUAAUUUUGAACUCCAGCUCUGGAAUAACUAUUUCCAUUUGGCAGUGGCCUUCCUCACUCACGAGUCCCUCCAACUGGAGACCUUCUCCCAGGCCAAACGCAACAAAAUCAUCAAGAAGUAUGGGGACAUGAGGAAAGAAAUUGGCUUCAAAAUCAGGGAUAUGUGGUAUAACCUGGGUCCCCACAAAAUAAAAUUCAUCCCAGCAAUGGUGGGGCCAAUCCUGGAGGUGACCCUGGUCCCAGAGCCUGAGCUGAGGAAAGCAACAAUUCCCAUCUUUUUUGACAUGAUGCAGUGUGAGUUCAACUUCAGUGGGAACGGGAACUUCCACAUGUUUGAAAAUGAGCUGAUCACCAGGCUAGACCAGGAGGUGGAGGGGGGCCGAGGGGAUGAGCAGUACAAGGUCCUGCUGGAGAAACUGCUGCUGGAGCACUGCAGGAAGCACAAGUACCUGUCAGCCCCGGGAGAGGUGUUUGCCCUGCUGGUCAGCAGCCUCCUGGAGAACCUGCUGGACUACAGGACCAUCAUGCACGACGAGAGCAAGGAGAACCGCAUGAGCUGCACUGUCAACGUGCUGAAUUUUUACAAGGAGAAGAAGCGAGAGGACAUUUACAUCAGGUAUCUGUACAAACUCAGGGACCUGCACACAGACUGUGAGAACUUCACAGAGGCUGCCUACACGCUGCUCCUGCACGCUGAGCUGCUCCAGUGGUCAGAGAAGCCCUGUGUCCCUCACCUGCUGCAGAGGGACUCCUACUGCGUGUACUCCCAGCAGGAGCUCAAGGAGAAACUCUACCAGGAGAUCAUCUCCUUCUUCGACAGGGGCAAGAUGUGGGAAAAAGCCAUUCAGCUGAGCAAGGAGCUGGCUGACAUGUAUGAAAACAAGGUCUUUGACUACGAGGGACUUGGUAAUCUCCUGAAAAAAAGAGCUACUUUUUAUGAGAACAUCAUGAAGGCCAUGAGACCUCAGCCUGAGUACUUUGCUGUUGGAUACUAUGGACAGGGUUUUCCCUCUUUCCUGAGGAAUAAGAUGUUCAUCUACCGUGGCAAAGAGUACGAGCGGAGGGAGGAUUUUAACCUGAAGCUGCUGACCCAGUUCCCCAGUGCUGAGAAGAUGACCAGCACAGCCCCUCCAGCAGAGGAGAUCAAGGCUUCCCCCAAACAGUAUGUGCAGUGCUUCAUUGUGAAGCCUGUGAUGAACCUGCCACCUAAUUACAAAGACAAACCUGUUCCUGAACAGAUCUUAAACUACUACAGAGCCAACGAGGUGCAGCAAUUCACUCACUCCAGACCUGUCAGGAAAGGAGAGAAAGAUCCAGACAACGAGUUUGCUAACAUGUGGAUAGAAAGGACAACUUACACAACAGCUUAUGCAUUUCCAGGCAUCCUCAAGUGGUUUGAGGUCAAACAGGUCACAACGGAGGAGAUCAGCCCCCUGGAGAAUGCCAUAGAAACCAUGGAGCUCACCAAUGAGAAGAUCACCAACGUAGUGCAGCAGCACAUGUGGGACCGGAGCCUGCCCGUGCACCCCCUGUCCAUGCUGCUCAACGGCAUUGUGGACCCUGCCGUCAUGGGAGGCUACACCAACUAUGAGAAGGCCUUCUUCACAGAGAAAUAUCUUCAAGAACAUCCUGAAGAUCAAGACAAAAUUGAGCUGCUCAAGCAACAAAUUGCUAUCCAGAUGCCUCUCCUGGCAGAGGGGAUCCGGAUCCACGGCGAGAAGCUGACGGAGCAGCUGAAGCCCCUGCACGAGAGGCUCACAGCCUGCUUCAGGGAGCUCAGGAGGAAGGUGGAGAAGCAGUACGGGGUCAUAACUCUGCCCCCAGCGCUGACCGAGAGGAAGCCCAGCAGGUCGGGCUCGGUGGUGCUGCCCUACAUCAUGUCCUCCACCCUCAGGAGGCUCUCGGUCACCUCCGUGGCCUCAUCCGUGGCCUCCACCUCGUCCACCUCGUCCGAGAGCACUUCCUCCAGGCCGGGCUCCGACGGAUCUACCCUGGAGCCUCUCUUGGAGAGGAGAAUAUCCACAUCUUCCAGAGCUGAGGAGCUGCCUGUGAAAGACGAUGGUGACAACAGGAUUAGCAAACUCAAGAGGAAGGAGUGGAGCAUUAGCAAGUCUCAGGUUAUUGUGGAGAAGGAGCCAGAAACAGAACUGACUUCCAAAAUGCAGGGCAUGGCAGGGAAGGCACAGAGGCCCAAGAGUCUGCAGCUAGGAGACAACAGGCUGACCCUGCUCCAGAGCUCCUCGCUGCAGCAAUCCACCCGCAGCCCUCCCCCCAUCACCCCCAAAACCCCCCGGACCCAGAGCUCCCCCUCCUUGCAGGCUGAUGGAUUGGCCACACCACCCCCCCCUCCACCCAAAAGCAAACCCUACGAGAGCAGCACCCCCAGGAACUCCGUGGAGGUUGCUCCGCCGCUGCCCAGCAGACGUGAGGCCAAACCUCCCCCUCCACCCCCUAAAACCAGGAAAUCCAGCGUGGUGUCCUCGGAGCAGGGGCUGCAGUGAGGAUUUGGGGUGACAGCAACGCCCAACAUGCAGUGGCUGCUUUAUUUCCAGGCAGCCUGGGGACCUCCCUGCCAUUGCACCACUUCCCCUGCAGUUUUCCUGGGAAACAUCACAAAGGAAACGUUGUUGGGCCUGGAUUCCCUGCCCUGUUUGCCUGUGCAGUGCUGACACACUAAUCCAGACGUCCCCCUCCUGGAAUUCUCCCUCCUGGUCUUGUCUGUCCCGAGUUUGUCACUGCUGCAAUCCCAGCAGCUCCUUCCCAGUGUAACUGGGAAUCCUGGGGCGAUCUCACGGUGGUAUCACUGCAGGGCAGUGGAGUUUCCUGCCUGGGUCAGGGUCUCUGCCCAGCUUGUGCUUGGUUUGGAACAAGAUCUCAUUUUGUGCUUUUUAAUGAGGUGGGGGAAAUCCCUCCUAUAAAUGUUAGAGAUGAUAGAAGCUGCACUUUUGCCAGGGCUGGACUGGUACCACCUGCACUGAUACCAGGACUUUACUGGUACCAGUUCCAGAAACAGCUUGUGGCCUUUUUAUUUAUCAUCACUAUCGAUGAAGAUAUUGCUUUCUCUUCCAGGAAAUAAUUUUAUUUGUUCAUUCUCUCAUUUUGCUUCUGAUUAUCUUGAAGAAGUUGGGAAGAGCCACUAAAACCCUGCUGAGGGCGUUGCUCACAGCAGAAAGUACAAUCACUGUUGGGCUGGGGGUUCACGGGCCAUUAUUGUGCUCCCCUGACUGAAAUGGGUUUCUGACCUUACUGAAAAACCAAAGUUUGUUAAACCUAAUGAAAAGUUUCCUUAGCAAAGGAUUUUCCAGGGAAAACCAAACCAAACAAAACCCAACCCAACAAAAACCACCCACAAGAGGGUUUUGCGCAGACUGAAGUUGUCAUUUUCAUUUGUUCUUCCCACUCCUUUUGACACCAGUGUGACUGCAGGAGCUGCUGUGCUGCCUGCCCAGCUCUAAAAGCAGAUUGCCCUCAUGCCAGAGUCAUCCCAGAUUGCCAUCACCGCCAGCUUGGAGCUGCUUUGGAGGUGGCACUGCAGUCACAUCCCAUCCAUCCCCAGCCUGAUUGCUGCACACGCUUCCAGCUGUCUCCGGGCUGCUGCUUCUCAGGGGAAAUCUUGGGAAUCUUCCUGGACACCCUGGCCAGCUUUCCCCCUCUCUGGGGCAUUGUAGGACGUGUCAGCUCCUCAUUGUGUUCUUAGCCACAGACACUGCUUGACUUGAAAACCACUGGGUGUUUUUGUCUUGCCCUUUUCUGUGCACUCUCCCUCCCGUUGGCAGCGCUGCCUUCCUGCUGCGCUCACACCAACCCGGGAUCCUCUGAAAGUUCACUUCAAGAGCAGCUUUUUGUCUGGGCUGAGAAUUCUGCUUCAGGCAGAACAACAGGAUGUGGUCUGAGUUGUCUGAAGUGCAUCUUCACAGCACCUUUUGUUAAUUCAGUGCCUUUCCCCACUCUGCAUCUGCCUCUGACCUCAGUCCUGGGUGCUUUUCAGAGCAGGUUGGGUUUAACUCCUCGAGUGAAUCAGCAGGAGCACAGGAGGCUGAGUAGGGAUCCCAGGAAUGGUUUCCCUGGUGUGGGCAAACAGACUGAGCUGUCAGCUUUGGGUGUUUUGGUUCUAAGUGACUUUGGAGUCCUCUUUUCCAGUCUUUUUGUUCUGCUUCAACAACCUUAACAUAUGAAGGUACCUUCUGCAUCCAGGUUUUUCCUGGAGAAGGAAAACUCCAUGCAAAAAACACUCACAGGAGAAGGUCUGACCUUGGGAAGAAUUUUUCAGCAGAUCUUUAAUGAGCCUUUUGCUCUUUUCCUUGGGGAGGUUUGGCUCUUGGCUGCAUUUUUUGUAGUCACAGACCAGGAUUUUGAACAGAAUCCUUGGCAUGUUGGUGAAUUAUUCCUCCCUUCCUUCCCUUGGGCAGUGCAGCUGCCAGGGGUGAGAACAGUUGCCACCUUCAGCUCUGCUCUGCCUUGAAAUUGCUCCUCUCACCUUAAACCUCACCUGGGUUUGCUGCUCACAAGUUCAGCCUUCUCCUCUCCCUCCCUGUGCCUGCCCAGUUGGGCACUGGCAUGGGCACCCUCUCAACUGGGAGGAGAGGAGCAGCUGACACUAAAGAGCUCAGAACAAGUUUUCCCUUCCCAGGACAUUGUGGGCAUUUUCACUGGCAGAUUUGCCAGAAAGGGCUCUAAAUUUGGUUCUUUUUUUUUUCUUCCCUUCUCAGCAUUAUUUAUGCUCUAGAGUUUAUAAACUUGUCCCACUCCUGCUCCUUUUGGCAAUGUCCCCAAAAUGGUGUCCAGUUCUCUUACCUGGCUGAUAAAAGUUGGCAUCACUGGCUCAGAGGUGCAAGAUGGAAUUCUGUUCUGUGCCCAAAUGAUUCAGGGCUUUGGGUCAGUUUUGGCAGGAAAAAAUCAUCUAAGUGUCAGAUUUUUAAAGGCAAUUGGGCAUUUAAGUGUGUGAGGAAGAACAGAGCAUUCAAAUUAUUUUAAAUAAGUGGAAUUAAGUGCCCACUCUUAGGAGAAAUCCCACCAGAACUGUGGUUUUGUUGUGUUUGCUCUUUGCUUGGGUACCUGCCUGACAAGAGUUGUGAGAUUUAAUUUUCAGAGGCAAUUUAAGGUUGUCUCUACCUUUUUUUUUUAAACGAGAAUCAUCUCUUCAAGUUAAUUAGGUGCUCUAGGAAAUGCCUCUAAUUUGUCUUAAACUGGAGGGUUUAAAAUGGGAAUAGGACAGUCCACAAUGAUGAUCUCUGCACACCACAAAUUACAGCAAUUUCUGCCCAAUUCAUGGUUUGGAAUAAAAUCUCAAAACAUCCACUCUGCAGAGGAGACAAAACCUAAUCCCAUUUCAGAGCCAAGCUGUUCAAAGCUGCUGUGAAAUUUCAAGUCUUUGAGGAUUUUGGUUUCUCUCCUUUGGAGAAAUGUGCUCAACACUUGUUUUCUGGAGCUUUUAAUUAAAAUGUAUCAUGCUGUGAUAAAUUCCUUUAAAAAUGUCUAAUCCACAUCAGGGGCAGAGGGGAGCAGGCAGCUUUGCCUUCCAGUGGAUUAUUGGAUUAGGAAAGGACACAGAUUCCAGGGAGAGCAGCUCUGAUCUGCAGUGGCACAGAACUCCAGGAUGGAUGUGCAGGGGCUUUUUGGGCUCCUGCAUCCCAUAAACUCCCCGCUCCCAGCCCAGUGUCUACUCCAGACUCACACCGAGCUGGACUUGCAGUGACAACACCCCAGAUUUUCCUCUCCUUAUUUAUUUUUACCAUUGUAAAUGGAAAUAAUAACUUUAAAUCUGUAAUUUAACUAAUUUUUUUUAUAUAGUGAAAACAUUCCUGACCUGCUUCUGCUACCUUCUUUUGAUUAUUUUUAUUUUAAUUAAAAACUUGACCUUAUUUUUACUGUUGCAGACCAAAUCCUGUGGUGGACCAGGGUAAGCUUUUCCAAAGACUACAGCAGGGAGGAAAAAUAAACAAAUAAUGUGAUUUUAUGGCUGUUCAAAAGCACGAGGUUCACCUGAUCCUUCUCUCUGAACAUUAAUUAAAGCACUUUUAGGACAAUUUGGGCACUACAGGGUUUACUCAAAGGGGGUUCACACCUUAACCCAUUUUCAGGUCCAUGUUGCUGGUUUGUAUUUUUAGGCAGAGGUGGAAGCACCUCAGCAGCUCCAAAUUCACCCCAAUGUACAUUUGAUUAAUUUUUCUCACUGUGGUAUUACACAGGUUUAAUCACUCUAAAACCCUGGAGCGUGUUUGUUGUGAAUUGGGGAGGGUUUGGGUGUUGUGGAAGGAGUUCUUGUGUGUUCUGGGAUCCUGGAUUGGUGAUUCCAUUGCAAACCCACUUUUGCAGAGUGCAAAUACGAUGUUUGGAGGUUUUUUUCAGUUCUUUGCAACUGAAUCAGUAAAAAUACAGCUUUAAAGUGGCUCUGGGGAGAGCAGGAGCUGUGGGAAGGGACUGCAGCUCUCUGGGUAAAUGCCACAUGAUUCACUAAAUCUGUAAAGCAAGGUGUACACAUUUUUGUGGGUUUUUAAAAUGUAAUGACUGUUGUAAAGUUUGUAAAUACAUUUUUAAAAUAAAUGUAGUUUUUAUGACUG